CUGACGAGAGCUAAACGGAAGGAAGUGUAAAGGUUCCUUAACUCUGAGGACAGAGGCUCUCCCCUCUCUCCCUCCAGCCGCCCUAUGACAGCAUUUUCUCACAUCUCGGGGCUUUUGGAUUUCUCAUCUCUUCUGGCUUCACCCAGGACCAAACCCGGCGCGAACUUCUCCUAUCCUCUCGAGACGGCUGACGGAUCAAGGAGAGGGAGCAGCUGGGCAACAUUAGAAGAGAAUCAAGGGCUAUAGGGGAGGAGCUUCUAGAAGAAAAGACGGAAAGUCCAGCUGGGAAGAGCUUUGGGGUGGAAAAAGUAAAGGCUAGCUCUAAGAAGUAGCCUGGGGGAGGACAAGAGAAAGGAACCCGCCCUUUCCCCCCGGGGGAAAAGGAGUUGGGGAGGACUAGGAAGAACUGCGGGAGAACUACACUGGGGCUGGGCCAGCAGAAUGUGGAGAACUCAAAGUCCUACAGGCAAAAUACGGGGCGGUGCCGGAAUGGCGAGAGGAACUCACCUCCCUCAGGCUUGGAGCCCUGGAGGUGGAGAGCCGGGGGUGUGGCACUCGGAAUCUGGGCGCUGCCCCCUCCCACCUCAGGCCAGCCAACAGGAAGAUGAACUGCCGAGGAGAGCCCGACGGCGUGGAGAGCUGCAACAGUAUGAAAGUCGCUACCUAUCCCCGCUGCGGGUCGGCCUGGGGCGAGCAACAGCUGCAGCAGCCCCAGCUUAUCCUCCUUUGCCCAUGUUUAUGCGAUGGCUGGGCCAGCUGCGAGGCCGGAGCGGUGGCCGGGAAAUGCCCAGGAUAGUGUGGCUGCUGCUCGCAGUUGGACUACUAUUCUCGGGGCUGGUCUUUUACAUCUACUUGGGACUGCUACCUCCGCUACCCUGGGCGUCCUCGAGACCUCUGGUCUCGCCGCAUCAGGUCACAGUCCUGAUGUGGUGGGAGCCCUUCAGCGGCUCGGGCAGAUCGUCGGGUCCAGCUCCUGACUGCCAGCGCCAGUUCAACGUAAGCGGCUGCCGCCUGAUCACAGACAGGAAAUACUACUGGGAAGCCCAAGCAGUGCUCUUCCACCACCGAGACCUUGUGGGGACCCAGGACUGGCCCCCGCCACGGCCUGAGCCAAACGGAAUAGCAGCUAGGGUGGUAGGCAUAUCCUGGAUGGGCAGCCAGCCGGCCAGGCCUCCUGGGCAGCGCUGGGUGUGGAUGAACUUUGAAUCUCCUACCAACUCCCCAAAACUGGGGAGCUUCGACAGCAGCCUCUUCAAUUGGACGCUGACCUAUCGGGCCGACUCGGAUAUCUUUGUCCCCUAUGGAUAUCUCUACCCCAGGAACAGCCUGCAUGAUCCGCCUGCGGGACUGAUGCCACCUAUGUCCCGAAAACAGGGAUUGGUGGCCUGGGUGAUCAGCCACUGGAACGAGAAGCAGGCCCGGGUCAGAUACUACUACGAGCUGCGCCGCCACGUGAAAGUGGACGUGUUUGGCCUCCGUGGUCCUGGACGGCUAAUGCCGGACAUUGGGCUUCUGCAUACAGUGGCCCGCUAUAAAUUCUACCUGGCUUUCGAGAACUCCCAGCACCAGGACUACAUAACAGAGAAACUGUGGCGAAACUCCCUCCUGGCAGGGGCGGUGCCGGUGGUGCUGGGGCCCAGCAGAGCCAACUACGAGCGCUUUGUGCCUCGAAGUGCUUUUAUCCACGUGGACGACUUCCCCAAUGCAUCUGCCCUGGCCGCCUACCUGCACUUCCUGGAUCGAAACUUGAACAUGUACAAGCGCUAUUUUGACUGGCGGAGACGCUAUGCGGUGCACACUUUGUCCUUCUGGGAUGAGCCCUGGUGUCGGACCUGUCAAGUUUUGCAGAUUGCUGGAGACCGACCCAAGAAAAUGUACAACUUGGCAGCCUGGUUUCAAAGAUGAGACUUUCCUAGAUGGACUUCUGGGGGUUGCCAAGUAUUUCGAAAGGGCUAUGGCAUAGAUUGAUAAUCUUCUGCAGUCAAUAUUUCUUCUAAUUUAAAAGUUCUCUGAUCAGGUACUUGCUGCCCUACUUCCACACAACUGGUGUUUUAGAGUGGAGCCCAUGAACUUUACAAAAAUGCAUAAGGAUGGAGAGAAAAACUUGUCUUCCCAAAUCACUCACACUGACCCUAUAUGUGACCUGUAUAGGGUAAACGCUGAAGCUAGUUCAUGGACCUUGGGCAACUCCUCUUUUAACUCGAGGCAAUGCACUGGUUUCCUCUGAGGUCACAGGGUGCCUAAAUACAAUGAAAAGCCAUCUCUUCACUAGGUACCUUAAAGCUUCUAGCUUUUAGCUGCUGAAGCUCCUUUAUUUCAUGCCAUAUGAAUAUUGUUGAAGAAACUGGGAAGGUUUAGUCUGCAGAAGAGAAGAUUUAGGAAGAACUUGACAGUUGCUUUUAAGUAGUUGAAGGAUUUACUUGGUAGGUGGAUUAAACUUUUUCUUAGUGAAGGGCAAAACAAGGAGCUGUGGGUCCAAGUUGCAAAGAGAAGUUUGGAUCUAUGGUAAGAUGCCUAACAGUGAAUAUUAGAGCUAUACAGUAGUGGCAUGAGCUGCCUCUGAGAGAGUGGGUGAGAUCUCCCUUCAGGUUUUCAAGCAAAGGCUGGAUGGUUCUUUUGAAAAGGGGAUUUGUGUUCAGUUUAUGGCUUGAAUUUCUGAAAUUCUUUCCAAUCCUGCUCCAUGUCUCUUGGAAGUAAAGAAUGACCCUCCUGAAGAAGCUACUGAGACUUAUCCAUCAGUCAGCUAUUGUGUCCUUUCUUCUAAACAGAAGGAACCUAGGUAGAAUGGAGGAGAAUAGAAAAACGUAGCUGCAGUAGUAAGUUUCUGAAAACUUGAGUGAACUAAUUCAUAAAUGCACUAAAAAGGAUUUCAGUAUUUAAAAGAACUCUGUGGUGAAUAUCCCUUUACAAUGCGAAAAAUAACCUGACUUAUCUCUUGUGCAUCCAGAUUAUUUUUUCCUAUAUAUUAAUUUUCUGAAAGCAGACUAGAGAAAAAGUUGUGAAACCUUCCCCCCCUCCCAAGUAAGUGUUUACAAAAGUUUUAAUGAGGAAAUAAUUAUCAGAAGGAUAGAAGAGAAAAUCUUGUUGGCAGUCUCUUCAUAAAUAUUUAUUUCGUGUUUUAACUAAUUUAAAUUUUAGCAAUCUUUCUUAAAUAUUGCUUCACCCACAAGGCAUCAUCUUACCUAGCAUUUAUAUAACACUUUAGGAUUUACAAAGUGUUUUACAUAUAUUGUUCCUUUUGAUUGUGAGGAAUUAGAAAUAAAGUAGAAGAUUUUACUAUUUGUUAAAUUGAAAAUACUUUUAUGGUUUUGUAUGCUUGUCAUUUGUAAUUACCCAUGUGUUCAGUUCCCCCUUGUGUUUAUUUGAAAAGAUCUAUUAUCCAGGAUUACUUAGUGCCUAUGGGUCACUUCUCCCAGUUUUGCUGCUAAACCAUUUACUGGAAUAAGUCUUGAGUGUUGUUCUAGUUAGUCAGUGGGCUUGCAUUUAUCCUGUGCAUAAAAAAAAAGUACUGUGGCUUAAUAUAUACUGUCCCUGAGCCUUUGUCACAGGAACUCCACCUUAUUAAAAAUAUCUGUAUCAAUUGAAGAAUUUCUAAAAGAACCAACAUUCAUUCAAUAAGUGUUUACUGGGUGGUAACUCUAUGUAGGAAAGUUAUAGGUGAGAGAAACAUAACAAUGAAUAAAAUAAAUACUCCUGUCUUCUUGGGUCUUUUAAAAAAAAAUGCUUACCUUUUAUAUUAGAAUCAAUUCUAAGUAUUGAUUCCAAGGCAGAAGAGUGACCAGGACUAAGCAAUUGGGGGGAAAUGAUUUGCUCAGGGUUACAGAGCCAAGAAGUAUCUGAGACCAAAUAUGUUCCUCCUGACUCCAGACCUGGUUUAUAAAAGCCUUCAAGGUGAUAUUGCACUUCAGCAAACCUACAAGUUUUAAGUAGACUUAGCUGUCUUGCAGAGUAUUUAUCAAUAGAGACAAAACAAAUGAUUUCCAGUCUUUUGUUCUCUCACUGUGAAAUAGCUUACUUUGGAAGGAUUCCAGAUGAGAACUAGGUUUACAUCAAAUUCUAUUCCAUUCUAAUGAAUGGUGUUAUAGUAAAAUCCAGUUUUAAAAAUUUAUGUAGCACAGUUUAUUACUCUGAAUCUUUCAUAGGCUACAUGGUUCAAAAGUCUGUAGAUUAAUCAUAAGACAAGAUUUUUUUUUAACAAAAAGUGAUACUCAUUUUGAAAAAUUAAAAUCUAGUGAUAAAAUGUUCUCUAUGUAUGAAGUAUUUUAUUUUAUUUCUAAAACCUUUACUUUCUGUGUUAAUGUCUGUUCUGAUACAGAAGGGUAGGAAGGGCUAGGUAAUUGGAGUUAAAUGACUUGUCCAGGGUUACCAAGCUAGGAAGUAGCUCAGGUCAAAUUUGAACCCAGUUCUUCCCCAACUCCUGGCCUGGUGUUCUAUCUACUUGUUUUACUCAGCUGUUCUUUAUGAAAUAUUUUAAACCAUUGGUGGCAAUUCAAUUUCUAGUAGCUUGGGAGUAUGACAGUGUAUGAUCAACCUAAUAUCCAAGCCCUAGAGAAGCUUAAGCCAAAGUUCUGAAGGAAAGCUCAGAUUCCUAAAAAUAAUUGUUUAUGGGGCUUUAUUAAUAUAAUUUGUACUCAACAAGAAAAACAAAUUUACUUACAGAUCAGAUAUUCAUCAGAAUAAAAAAAUGUUAGAAACCAGUGAGUGUCUAGACUCUUUUUCUGGUGAGGGGAUCUAGAAUGCCCCAAAGUCAAGCCCUUAUCUUUAACCAGUUUUGACAAAGCUUCAGUAUGAAUUUAAAAAGUCUCAUUGACUUCUCUGCUGCAACCAUUGUGGCCCUUUCAUUUAUGUGAAAUGGCAAAAACUAAUACUUUUUAAGGUAUGCAAAGAUGUUAGUGGCUUUCUUUGUAAUAUAUUUUUCUUCUGUGUUUAAGAAACUUGGAACAAGUGGACUUGGAAUUCUUACUUUCCUAUCCUCUAAGUACAUCAGAUUAAAUAUGGUAGCUGACUAAUUAUUUCACUUUCACAUGCCACACUGAAUUGGGCAAAGUACAGAUCAUUUAUAAAGCUCUUUAGUAUGUGGGGAAAGUUUCUCAUUUGUUUUUAGUCAAAAAUAGCUUAUAGCCUAUUUAACCUACCUUUGCUCAAUGAAUGAAUCAAAUAGAAUUUUUGAAAUUUAUUUCAAAUAAAUAAUAUAUAUUAAUAGUUGGUGGUAAGUACUACUACAUGUGGACUGAGGAUCAUAGCAGGAAAACAGUAACACACUCAGCUGAUUGUAUUCUGUAUGUUUUUUCUCCCCACACAUUAUCUAGUAGUAAGUUAGGGUCUUAUUCAUAUUUUAGGCAUCUAUCUAGCCACCUAACUGCCACUUGUUUAGGGGAGCUCACUACCAUAUCCCAUCCCUGUUGCCACUAUUGUUCUUGAAACUACCAGGAUUUGACUCUCUUUUUCAAUGUUUAUCUGCUCUUUCACAGAUUCUCCAAAUCCUAAUUUCUCAGAGAGAAUAUAGCACAUUUCUCUUCCCCUCGUGCUUCAAAACAACAUAUCACAUUUCUCUGGGCAUUUUUAAUAAGGAUAAUGGACUUCAAGAUACUACAGGAAAACAUAGUAGUGGCAGAAUAAUAGGAAAGUUAACAGGAGUGAUCAAUGUGGUUCAUCCUAGCCCUUAAGCAUACAGGGCACAAGUCCUCACUCUUUCAUGGUCAUCUUCUUUCUAUGAGGCUGAUCUCCCCCACUACCCUUCCUACUCUCCAUUGACUAUUUUCCCUGGAGGCAGGCCUGUGAUGUUUAGCAAUUUCAGCUAGAUAAUAUGGUUCAGUCCCCAAAUGGACAAAAUUGUAUGUAUUUCCAUCUUUCCAGAAUCCACUUUUUCAAUCCUUAGUUAAUUGGUCCGGAAAUCUCUUGGCCUUAAGUGCAAAUGUUCUUCCUCAAGUACCCCAAGUGAGCUCUCUCUGUUCCCUGCCUAUAGAAGAGGUUCCAGUUAUUAUUUAACAUUAGUAAUAGUGAAUCUGUUAGAAUCAGGACCUGGGGAAAAAAUGGUUUAAUUUUUUAAAAACAUAUUUGAUAUCAAGGAAAUGAUGUAUUUCUUCUUUGGUAAUGUAGAAUUUUUGGAUUGUCUCAGGGAAUUUUAAGCCAAAACCCAUAUCAAAUUGUAGACGUCGUUGUUUUUAUUCAGAUUAAUCAAAACAAUAAAAUCAUAAAAGUAAAA